GGUCCUGAAUAUUUACAAUUCUGCUGGCAUCUCUGCAAGAAAUACAAACUCAGAGACUGAAAUGACAGUCGGUGAAAGCGUUUCACCAGAAGCUUCCGGUCAGACUUGAGCCUCGUUCACACCGCGUUCACUCGUUUUUCACCACAGUGUCGGGACAAUAACAGACGGACACAAUGAGCUCCUGCUCGCGUGUGGAUGGAUCUUCUGGAUGGAAAAGCGAGCAGCUUCAUGCCGUAUAAAGCGCCCUGGGUGAAAAGGUGAAACCACGCGCUCAGAGAAAGAAACGAAUCAGCACCUGAAGGCAACAGACAAAGAACUGACCUAGAGUCAGUCACACACAGGACACGCUGGAGCGCGGAAUUAGAAAUACACACUCGUAAAGGAAAAUAAGAUGAAAUAAAACUGCAGGUUUGACAGAAUUUUAAACGACCUGACGUAAAAACGUCGCAACCAGGAAGUGACGUCACCGCGCCCCGUCAGCUUGUGUUGAUGUUUUGUGGACUGGACGGGCUGGAGCGAACGGGAAGCGGAGACGCGUUUUGUUUUUGUUCAACUAAACCGUCGAAAAGAAGCCGAGCUGUCGUUUCCGCCGUCCGUUUCGGUUCGUUAAGAGCCUUAGCUCGGUGACUGGAGCCACACGGCCGCGCCGGAGGCCGAACACACCGAAGCAUUUGAUCCAGAAAGGGAGGACUCGUCACCCUCUGACCCCCUCCCUGCCACCCUCACACACCGACUCCACCAUGACGAUCCUUCCGAAGAAGAAGCCCAGCUCCGGGGUCGGCGUCUCGGACCACGCCGAUGACAGUGAUCGUAGAAGCGGCUCCGACCCGCACCAACACCCGCACCCACACGCAGGGCGGACCGGAGCCAGACCGAGGGCUUCCCCUCCGCCGUGGUCCUACCAGCCCGCUCCGCCCUCCGCCAGGGACGACAGGCGGAGCAUCGAGGCGAGCUCCCGGCCGCAGCAGGCCUCUCCGCCGCCCGUGGGGUCUGUGUCUCCGGUGGGGCCGGGUGACGGUCGGGACAGCAGCGGCGGAAUGGUGGCUGGCUCCCGCGGGGAGCUCGUCGUGUCGGCCGGUGUCGUCGGCUGCGGUGGAGGCAUCGGCAGCUGCUGCUCCGGGCCCGGGCUGAGCAAGAGGCGGCGGCAGGCAGGCACCUGCUCCGGCGCGGUGGUGGCGGCUCUGGCCGGCGGAGGCCAGCCCGGGGUGACGGGACCUGGAGGAGUGCCGUCCAGCCAGGACACAGAAGAAGGCGCCGGGAACAACAGUGAGGACGAGUACGAGAACGCUGCCCGGCUCCAGUCCAUGGACCCGGCGACUGUGGAGCAGCAGGAGCACUGGUUUGAAAAAGCUCUGCGGGAAAAGAAAGGCUUUGUCAUCAAGAAGAUGAAGGAGGACGGAGCGUGUCUGUUCAGAGCUGUGGCUGAUCAGGUGUAUGGAGACCAGGACAUGCAUGAAGUGGUGAGGAAACACUGCAUGGACUACCUGAUGAAGAACGCCGAUUAUUUCUCCAACUACGUGACCGAGGACUUCACCACAUACAUCAACAGGAAGCGGAAAAACAAUUGCCACGGCAACCACAUCGAGAUGCAGGCCAUGGCUGAGAUGUACAACCGACCGGUGGAGGUGUACCAAUACGGCACAGAGCCCAUCAACACGUUCCACGGCAUCCACCAGAACAAUGACGAGCCAAUCAGAGUGAGCUACCACCGCAACAUCCACUACAACUCUGUGGUGAACCCCAACAAGGCCACGAUCGGGGUCGGACUGGGACUACCUGCCUUCAAACCCGGGUACGCUGAGCAGUCUCUGAUGAAGUCAGCCAUCAAGACGUCGGAGGAGUCGUGGAUCGAGCAGCAGAUGCUGGAGGACAAGAAGAGAGCGACGGACUGGGAGGCCACGAACGAGGCCAUCGAGGAACAGGUGGCCCGAGAGUCCUACCUGCAGUGGCUGCAGGACCAGGAGAAACAGGCCAGACAGCCCCGCAAGGCCAGCGCCACCUGCAGCUCAGCAACGGCGGCAGCUUCCAGCGGACUGGAUGAUUGGAGCGCCCGGUCACCACGGCAACGCGACUCUGACCCCUCCCACUCUGACCUCACAACAGCCCCGUCGACCAACAACAAGCCUCCCUCCCCCGCCGGAGCCGCCCUUAUUCUGAGCAAACCCCCCUCCCCCUGCGCCCCAGGCCCCAGUAAUCAGAGUCGUCAUCAUCUGGAGUACAGAGCCAUCAUGCAGGAGAUGUCUCCGACGGCGUUUGGACUGACAGACUGGGAGGACGAUGAGAUCCUGGCGUCGGUGCUGGCCGUCUCUCAGCAGGAGUACCUGGACAGCAUGAAACACCAGAGCGCCGGCAUGCAUCGAGAGAGGGAGCCGUCACCCGACAGCAGCUGAUAGCCGGCCGACUCACAGAAACACACAAAUACGACAACGACCUUUGACCUCCCCUCCUCACCCUCCUUCAUCCUGACCCCGCCCCUGUCCCCACCCCAGACCCGCAGAAGGAGAUCGACCAGGGAAAAAUAAUAAAACAUCAGACACAGAACUGCACACUUGUUUUUUUCCUCCAGGCGUUUCAACUCAUCUGCUCAUCAUUCUCUCCAUUCUGUCAUCUCCUCUUCCUUCCCUCCUUCCUCGUGUCCUUCCUUCCACUCCUAUCUGUCUUGUUUCCUCCGGUUGUGAUCCAGCAUCUUCAGAUGCCCCCCCACUCAGAUCGAGUUUGGUGAUAAUGCUGGCCUGGGAUCAGUUGUGAUUUCAUUUUCCUGGCUUUUAAACAUCAUCUUGGGCAGCUUUCAGCAGGCAACACUGAUGAAAUUUAUCAGUUUAGCGUUUUAAUAUUUUGGUUUACCAGCUUGUAGCCAGCUGCUAGCUCUGCGGCUAUCAGGGCCAUUGAUUUCAAUGAGAAAUGCUAAUCUAGGCAGUGUAUCACAGUAUCCUGUGGGCUAAGUUAUCAUGUUCUUUUAGAAAGCAAGCUGUCACUGAAGUCUUACUAUGUUUUAAAGUUAGGUCCUUUUUACUCUGCAUUACUGUUAGCUUGGCCACCAACAGCAACAUUUUUCCUACAAGUCUUAUUAUGUUCUGUUAGUUCCUGCUCACAUGCUAACCACCUGCGAUGCUUUUAGCUCAACCUUGCAGUUCCUUCAGUUUUAAAUUUCUCACAGCCUCGAGGAAUGCCUCUGAAAGCUCUCUCAUGCUAAUAAAAAAUGAACAGGACAAACAGCCUAAAUGUUUAUCCGUGUCCUGUGGGCUAAGCUAGCAUGUUUUUUUUGUUUUGUUUUUUUUUGUCGAGCAAAAAAAAAAAGUCGACCAUUUUGUGGCAUUUAGGGAACGUUAGCGUGCUCUGUAGCCAGCAAGUUAUCACCUGAAGCCUUAUUAUGUUUUAAAGCUGUCUAUAAUCAUCUCCAGGCUCAUAACAUUGCUAACAGUUAGCUUAGCAGCCAAUAGCCAAAUUAUGUCCUCAGUCAUUGUCACAGCUCCCACUGGCAGCCAUUUUGUGUCGACCACCACAGCCAGCAAAGACUCCACGGUCUGUAACUUCUCGUCCUCCUCUUCCUCCUUUUUGUCUUCCUCGUCUUUGUCACCACUAUCACCUCCAUCAUCAUCAUCAUCAUCGGACUUAUUUAGCUGCAUGUUUAAUUGACCCUGACCAAUAUCAUCGAGAAAAAGACAAAUAAAAAAAGGAGAGAAAAAAAGACUUGUCAUACUUAUCCUCUUAAUGAUCGAUUAUUGUUGUUAUUAAUAUUAUAAGUUUGUUUUAUUUUAUUUUCUUGUUUGGGAUGAAAAGAUUUUUUUCUUGGAAUAAAAGAGGAAAAUGUUUCUGAAGAAAA